ACAAAAAGAUUGAAAAGAAAAAUUGAUCAUUAUCAUGUUUAAAAUAAAACAUUUCACUUCAUUUACAAUCAUUUUCGUUAUUUUUAUUAUGAUGAUAAAAAAUAUAAACAGUGAACAACUUUUUCGGCCUAAUCUUCCAGUUGGUGAAUUUAAAAUAAAAGUUAAAGCAGCAUUUAAGUUUAAUGAAAGCAUAAACUAUUUAAUAGACAUAAAUCUUCAUGCGACUAAAACUUCAACAUCAAGAGCAGUAUUAACUGGAAAUAUCAAUAAUAAAAUCCCAUUUGACGAUUCAUUAAACUCAAAUGUAAAUAUGGCUGUUUUAAGUAAAAUUGGAGGGUGGAAGAGUAAUGCAUUUGUUUAUUCAACUAAAAAUGCUUGUAGCAUUUCGAAAAAAUUGUUAGGAGAGGGUUGGAACUUUACUAUGAACCAUUUAAAUAUUAGUGAUUAUGAUUGUCCUGUAAAACUAGGAAAUUAUAAAAUGACAAAUUUGGAUCCAAUAGAAGUUUUUGAAAGAACAGUACUUAAGGCGAAACAAUUCUUUUAUGGUUCAUACAAGAUCAAUUUAUUUUUUACAAAAAAGAGUGGAUUUGAAGUUGGCAGUUUUGUUAUUAUUUUAGAUAUAUUGAGACCAUGGGAAGAUUGAGCAUUACUUAAAAUUAUUUUUACCUUAAAUUUUUUCUUAAACUUUAUAUCUUAUGUAUAUGUUAAUUAUUAUAUAACUUAAUUCAAAACAUUAAUUUAUAUACCUUUUAUUUGUUUAUUAGUGCAAUUAUUAGAACGAAUUCAAUUGUUUAUUUGAAUAAUAAUUUUAAUCGAUGUAUCCAUGGUGACGUAGUAUAAUUAAUAAUGAU